UAUGCGAGUAAUAUCAGUGAGUGAAUAUCUGUCUGAACGAGUGCGAAAAUCUUGCUUAAUCGUCUUUUCAAAAAAGACCAGAAAUUCAGUUUGAUAAUAUCAAACGGCUCAAGAGCGAUCUCUCUCAGAACUGUGUAAACGAGAACUGUUGAAAAUCUCUGUAGAACAAGAGUUCUCCUUUAGGAUCAGAGAUGGCUUUUAACAAGAAUACAUCUUUUUCAUCAUCAUCUUCAUCGUCCUCAGUUGUGGAUGAAAUGUCAGAGAUGUCGCUGAGGAACACAUCUCUGGACUCAUCCGAUGAGGAUGUUUCCUCCAGUCACUGUACUGACAGGCUUGUGAAACAUCAACUGCUGAUGAACAAAUUCCUGGACCUUCAGUACAGAGCCCGAGAGCGCCAGGAGGAGUUUCAGUCACUGCUGGAGCGAUUUAACUAUAUACAGGAAUCGCUAGAAUGGGAGAUUGAAAAAGUGGAGAAAUCCAUGGUCAGCAUGGAGUGGCUGGAGGACUUGCAGAAGAUCAUUGAUGAGUUCCAGGCCAAUAUGGCAAACAAUGUGAGCCGCCUUCGAGAGAGCUUCAGAAAAAUGCAGGAGGUUGCCUCGAAAAAAGUUCUGACCGUGAAGGCAAAAGGUAAACCAGGAAAAGAUCUGGAUGCCAAAGUAGUUAAAAGCAUUCAGUCUCUGCCGACUUGUCCCACGGUAGCAGAAUUGAAGGCAAAUUCAACCGCUGCAUCAACGUACUCAUCAAAUCUGAUCAUCGCCUUGAAUAGCAUCACCAAAUCAUCCUCCUGCAGUCCAGCCAUAAGCAAGGCACUAAAACUAUCAGCAGCGACCAUUGAAAACUUCAACAAGGCAUUUCAAGAUCACUGCUUGGAAAUUAAGACUCUCAAGACACCUCAGAAAGAGAGAAAGGUGGUUCGAGAGCUGAACAGGGACGUCUUAGUUUCUCCUGUGCACCAAAGUGGAUCUGCAGGUCAGCAGCAGAAGGUGAAAAAAUUGCCUGCCUUUCCUGUGAAACCCAAGGCAGAUGAUUUUGGUUUCCCUCAGGUCAAAGAGCUUGUACGGGAGACAAAUGUUGAAGUGUUGCCACUAGAUAGACCAGUGAUAACAUUAGACACAGCUCCAAAAGACCUCCAGAGUCCGUCUGCUGAUGACCCGUCUCCUCCUGGCCUUGCCAGGACAUUUGCUUUCCCCAAGAUCACACGAUCUGUCGAGGAGACAAAAGUUUCCACAGAGCAAAAGGCAAAUGUCAAAUCAUCUGAAGAGACACAAGCUGAUGCAGAGACGAUGGAGAGAACAGAGACAUCAUUUGAAGAGACAAUGGUUCAGGAAGACCACCAAAGUCCAUUUCCUCGUAGCUUCCAAUGUCCGUCCCCCGUCAGAUCUUCUGCUCUUCCUCAGAUUUUGCAGUCUGUGGAGGAACCAGAAGUUGAUACGGAGACGAUGGAGAGAACAGAGACACCAUUUGAAGAGACAAUGGUUCAGGAAGACCACCAAAGUCCAUUUCCUCAUAGCUUCCGUCCUCCAUCCCUUGUCAGAUCUUCUGCUCUUCCUCAGAUUUCACAGUCUGUAGAGGAGACAAAAGUUUGUGCUAUGUCAGCGGUAGAACGUCAAAGUCUGUCUUCUGUCCACACCCGUCCUUCCUCGUCUGUAAAACUGCCCAAAAUUCAGACUCAAGUAAAGCCUUCACUUCAGAAGUCUGAGAAACCUGAGACUCACAAAUAUGAUUCCGCAGUCUCGGGCAGCAUUGAGGAGCAGUACAUGAAGAACAGCGAGGAGGACGGAGACAAACUGCUUCAUGCUAGCAUGAAAGACCCAUCGUUCAUAAUUGACAUCAAAGCUCAAGAAAACAACCUCCAGCAGCUGGAUCGAGCUUUUCAAAAUAACAACAUUUCCUCUGAAAUGUACAACCUGUGCAGAGGAACCGUCAAUCAGACACUUAAGAGUGUUGAGCUGCGUCUUGGAUGUCUUUUACGGAAAUACAUCAAACAUGUCCAAAUGAAGCAAUUAAGGAAGACGCUCGAUGGAAAUUUCAAGGCCACCAGAAAUUUAAGGGAUGGACUGGAGUUCAAAAAAGUCCAUUCUCAGCUCUGCAAGUUUGACCGUUUCCAGCAGAGUGUGAACAAAAUCUGGGACGCCAAGCAAGCCUCCACUGAUGAGACGCGAGAACUCUGCAUCGCACGGACGGCCCAUUUAUACCAGCAGGUGAACGCGGUGCAUGGCCUACAUCUGACAGGCAUAUCAUUUGUGCAAAGGCAUGUAUCACUGCCUCUGCUCACUGUGACACCCGUGCGGUUCAGCUCCAAUUUGUGUCCAUCUCCUCCUCGUGGACCACGAACUUCACCCAGCAGAGCCAGUCCAGCACGUCAUCCUCAAAUCCACCCCAAACCUCUGCACCACACGACCAGGAACACACCAGGCAGUUUCCUGAAGAUCAGUCACAUUCAAUAAUGAUGGCCAGUGUCAACAUAAUGGCUUGUAUCUGAACCCAAGAACAGAUUAUUGAAAUGUCACAAAAUUAAAACAAAAGCGAGGACGCAUCAGGAACAGACUCUGGAAAAACAGAAGCACCGGCCUGUAGACAUAGGAAGAUGAAUAUAAAUAUAAAGAUUGGUUAACCCAUAUUAGUGAUUUCAAGCUUCGCCAGAGUCAAAUAGCCAAUGUUAUAUUAAGGAAGAGCUAUGUCUUAAUCAGUGUAUAUUUUUGUUUAAGCUUAUAUUGUAAUAAAUGUGUGAAAAAAUGAAUAAUAAAAAUGAUAAAUAAUAAA